AUGGACAAGCUGCACGAGACAUUGAUCAACAUGGAAGAUGCUCUGGGUUCGGAACACCCCGCCUGCUUGUCGGCCUGGGACUGGAAAAGCUCCGCUGGGCCUUUCGAGCUGCACCCCAUCUCGCCCCCGCACAGCCUGUCCCCGACGCCCUCCUUCGAAUCCUACUCCUCGUCCCCGUGCCCGCCGGCGGCCGAGACCCCCUACAGCAGCGGCGGCGGCGGCAGCGGCCUGGCGGGCUACGGCCUGGUGGAGUUCCCCGCCGCCUACCUGCCCAGCCCCGGGCAGGCCCGGCUGCCCAAGGGCACCAAGGUGCGGAUGUCGGCCCAGCGGCGCAGGAAGGCCAGCGAGCGGGAGAAGCUGCGCAUGAGGACCUUGGCGGACGCGCUGCACACGCUGCGCAAUUACCUGCCCCCCAUCUACAGCCAGCGCGGCCAGCCCCUCACCAAGAUCCAGACCCUGAAGUACACCAUCAAGUACAUCGGCGAGCUCACCGAGCUCCUCAACGGCGUCAAGCGGGCGUAG